UGAGAACUGAAUUCCCACAGUAGACUGCAUUCCCGGCUCACUAUUUCACAUCUCAAUAGUCAUAUCACCUGUUUUGACAACUUUCCACAACUUCUUCACAGAGUAUAUAAAAGACUGAAUUUUGAAAAAUUUAUCAUUUGUGAUACAACUUAAAUCUCUGAUUCACUAAAAUCCUUAUAUUGUUAACAAAACCCAAUUCAUAAGUAUAACCUUCAUGCCGAUCGAUCUGUACUUCACUACUCUAAGCCCUCCGAGUCGGGCGGUGUUGAUGACACUCAGACAACUCAAUCUGGACGUCAAUGUGAUUAACAUUGAUAUUCAAAAAGAGGAGAAUAAGACACCAGAAUUCCUGAAGUUGAACCCACAACACGCCGUUCCCACUCUAGUGGACGAUGGCUUUCCUUUGGGUGAGAGCCGAGCUAUUAUGCAGUACUUGGUGUCCAAAUACGCGCCAAACAGUGGUCUCUACCCAACCCAUGACCUGAAGAAGAGGGCACAUGUGGACCGACUCCUGUACUACGAUAUGAGCAUCUUUUACGCCAUUCGGGACACUAUUUCCUCCGUGUCGGGCGCCAAACACCUCGACAUUGAAGUCAAUAUUAAAAUCGUUGAAUUAUCUAAAGGCGAACACUUGACGCCUCAAUAUUCAAAGCUCAACCCCGCCAAAAAGGUGCCCACAAUAGUGGACGGGGAUCUGGUUCUAUGGGAAAGUCGAGCCAUAAUGCAAUACCUGUGCAAUAAAUACGCCCCCAAUAGUACUCUAUACCCGUCUAAUCCCAAUCAGAGAGCACUAGUUAUGAAAGCCCUGUUUGGUAUAGUGCCGACUGACCAACAGAUCACUAAUUAUAAGAACUCAAUGAAACUGAUUGACACAUUAAUUGGUAAUAAUAAGUAUGUGGCCGGUGGUGAGCACUUGACUAUCGCUGACCUGUCUGUAUUGGCCACCACUACACUCCUAUCUAUCAAUGAUUUUGAGGAUUUCAAUGAUCACCCAAACCUC